AUUUCCCCCUUUCAAAAACCUAACUCAGUCUCAGACAUUCUUAUUCUUAUUCUUCUUUCAAAUUAUGCACUCAAAACAGAUAUUCGAAUCCAUCAAUGUGUAAUCCCUUACUAUUAUAGCAAAUAAUUUAAUACUAGUACAAUUGAUUGUGAAGAUGCUGAAACCAAAGCCAUUCAAGGGAGCGAGUGUGUUCAUGUCACGCAACCUGGUGGCGCCGGAGAUCUUCGACGCGCUUCUCGACGCUCUCAAGCUCAACGGAGCUGAGGUCUUUCUGUGCAGCGACCCGUCUCGUACCGGCCCCAACGAUUUCCACGUCAUCUCCUCUUCCGAUCACGAGAAAUUUGAAGAUCUUAGAGCCAAGGGAUGUAAUUUGUUAGGUCCUCAAUGUGUGCUUUCUUGUGCGAAAGAAAAUAGAUCGCUUCCAAAACAAGGUUUCACUUGUUGUCUUGCUAUGGAUGGUGUCAAAGUACUUGCCUCUGGUUUUGAUAUGGAUGAAAAGGUUAAGAUAGAAAAGUUGGUCACAGCAAUGGGGGGAGUACUGCAGACUAAAGCAUCAUUGGAUGUUAACUUUGUUAUUGUAAAGAAUGUUUUGGCUGCAAAGUACAAGUGGGCUUUAAAUACUCUGAAGAAACCAAUUGUUACCAUCAAUUGGUUAUCUCAAUGCUGGAAUGAGCACCGUGUUGUUCCUCAGGAGUCGUACAGGGUUCUUCCUUUUUCUGGUUUGAUGAUAUGUGUCACCAGAAUUCCUGCAGAUAAGCGAAAGGAGAUUGAGAAGCUUAUCAUACAAAAUGGGGGGAAAUAUUCUCCUGAGCUGACCAAGAAAUGCACACACUUAAUUUGUGAUGCUCCAGAAGGUGACAAAUAUAAAGUUGCCCAAAGAUGGGGCCAUAUUCAUAUUGUAAACAGGAAAUGGUUUGAUCAAUCUGUUGCAAGAAGAGCAUGUCUUAAUGAGGAGUCCUAUACUGUUCAGGGUGGUUCUGUAUCUUCCAAGAAAAGUGUAAAGAGUUGCUUCACUGGGCAGUGUAAAGAGGAUAAGGUUAUUGGGAAUUCACUACCUUCACUAUCAUCUGUGGCUACAGAUUCAAAUUUUUUUUCUGUUCCCUGCACUCGGUUUGAAGAUCAAGAUCUAGAAGCCACUCUCUCACAGCAUACAUCUUCUAUUUUUGGUGAUGCUUCUAUUUCUAAAGAGGUAGAGAGUAAGGCCCCAACAGCACAGACCAAAACUGAAUCAAACCCUGAUAACUGUGUUGCCAAUGACUCUCAGUCUGAAGACAAUGACUUAUACUUGUCGGAGUGUAGAAUAUUACUUGUUGGUUUUGAAGCUUGUGAAAUGCGCAAACUAGUCAAUAUGGUGCGUAGAGGUGGGGGCUCUCGUUUUGUGUCAGGCAAUAACAGGUUGACACACGUAAUAGUUGGAUCUCUGUCAGAGGUGGAAAAAAGGGAAGUAAGGAGCCUUGCAGCUUUGGGUGUCAUUCAGGUGGUUAAGACCUCCUGGCUUGAAGAUUGUGACCGUGAAAGGAAAGAAAUUCCUGUACUUCAGAAGCAUGUUGCCUAUCACUUGCUGCUACCUAAAGAUUCUGUCUGGUCCACCAAAGGAGCACAAAUAUGCACGAACAAUUUAAAUCAAGGUCAAGAAUCCAGUGUUCUUCAAAGCACACCGCCUGUUGAGAUGCUGCAAAGUGUGAAUCCUGGAAUUGGAAUGCCAUUGUCAUUGGAGGAAACUAGGGCUGAGAGACCAAAAAUCAACUUGAAGAGCCAGAGCUCUCUGGAUGUACUGGCAGUAUCAUCAAGACAAAGCCAACUUCCUGCUGUGAAAAAUAGAAAUAAGAGUCGGCAGAAGAUGCAAGAGGAUUUCACUGUUCAAAAUCUUCAAAAUAGGAAGUCGUCAACAGUAUUUAGAGGGAAAAUAUUCUGCUUUUCAAAUUCCUUUCCUGAAGAUAGGAGGGCUGAAAUUGUUCAAUGGGUGAAUCAAGGGGGAGGUGAGGUGGUGAAUGAUCUCAUAAAACAGAAUGUGCAUUUUACGAUUGAGUGUCAUGGUGGGGUAACCGCAUGCGUAGAUGCUCCCCACACUACUUAUGUAUCCAGUCACUGGAUCCAUUCUUGUUUAGAGGAUGGAUGCUUGCUGGAUGUUGGUAGUCACAUUCUUUAUUCCCCACUUUCCUGUCAGAUUCCUUUGCCCGGGUUUGAAAAAUUUCGCUUUUGUGUUUCACAGUACGAGGAUAAAGAUAGAAUGCUAUUAAGAAAUUUGUGCUUCGUUCUUGGAGCUAAGUUCGUCGAAAAAUUAACUAAAAAGGUCACCCAUUUAUUAUGCAAGUUUAUCAGUGGACCUAAGUAUGAAGCUGCUUGUAAAUGGGGGAUACCGUCAGUUACUUGUGAUUGGAUUUAUGAAUGUGUCAGGCAGAAGGGAGUUGUUUCUCUGGAUCCAUUUUAUCCAAGAGAAGUUACUGCUCAUGACCGAGAGGCAGGAUUGUGCACUGUGAGCCAGUUUCCUACACAAGCUGUUCGAAUGUUCUCUACUGAUGAACUAUCGCAGCUUACAAGUUCAUCCCAGGACCCGAGAGCCAUGUCAUCAGAAAUAAUUGGUAGUAAAAAUGACAGUAAUGUUGGUAAUAGAAAUGACGGCCUUAGGGAUUUGUCUAAACAAUCGAACGUUUACAGUAAAAGGGCUAGAAUUUCAGAAGAUGAGGGCCAUGAAGGUCUUCUAGCACAUUUCAGUGACCCUGUCUCUACUAAGAGUUCUAGUCUAGACAACUUAUUGAAAGAUGACAGGGAAGUUUCUCAUGUUGUUCCUGAUGUAGCUGCUGUGAUUGAGGACAUCUUGGAGCAGACUAGUAAGAUUCAAGAUCUAAAUUCACCAGAGACGACUGGACACAAUAAAAGUCUUUUUUCAUCUGAUUGUUCAGUCCUUGGUCAAAACCAUACAGAUUCACACUCUGUCAUUGGGUUAUCUAGACAGUGGUUAAACAGGACUGCGAAGAAAGAGGAUGCUUGCAAUCCUUCUGGAGAUGUACAUGUGGGCACAUAUGAUGGCUUUAGUGAAACACAAACAGAUUCUCAGGUUGUUGGUUAUGAAGAAGAUUUGUCAGGGAUGCAGAUGCUCAUAGACAAAGUUCGAACCCGAAGUAGCAUGACUUGAACCGCUAGGUUAGAGGAAAAUUUUCAGAUUGCUGCUAACUAACAUGUACGUUAAAGGCUGGAUGAUAAAUUAGUUGCUCAACAGUCGAAGCUUAUAAACUUGUGUAUCAAUUGAAGCUCUUACUCGUGCAAAUACAUGUCUUGUGGGUUAAGAGAAGAAUACUCGCAUUGUGCAAAUACCAACCUGUGUGUUGUGUAAAUCAUUUAUGUGAUCUACACAGCUUGUGAUGCCAUGAGCUGCAAAAUCCGUUUCCUGUAUAUGUCUAAUAGAAAUUAUCUGGUUUUGCGCUGUAAUUAACAAUUUCUGUGAAUUUCAUUAAAUUUUUGUUUUUUUUU